AUGGGAAAACCGAAUAUUAGACUUGUUGCAGGCAUAGUGUGGCUGCUGUUAAUAAUAGCGGCAGUUACAGCAGAGACUGAUGCUGAACGGAAUGCCGGCGUGUUUGCCCGGAAUUCAGCAUUGAAGAAGGGAAGCUCUGGCAGUGAACAGCCUGUUUAUGCCACCCGGUUCAAAGGUGUCACCUGGGAUGUUGCCAACUGGAGGUUGACGACCACCGAGCUUGACCAGGGCCACUAUCAGUCUCGAGGAUCUAUUGCAAACGGAUACCUGGGCAUCAAUGUUGCUGCUGUCGGGCCGUUCUUUGAACUGGACGUCCCCGUGUCUGGAGAUGUGAUCAAUGGAUGGCCCGUGUUUUCUCGCAGACAGACUUUUGCUACAAUUUCUGAUUUCUACAGCUUCCAACAGAGCAUCAACGCAACAAAUUUCCCGUGGCUGAACAAAUAUGGAGGCGACCUUAUCAGUGGUGUUCCGCACUGGUCGGGGUUAAUCUUGGAUCUUGGUGACGGCAACUUUCUCGAUGCCACUGUCCAGAAUUCAACCAUCUCAAACUUCACCUCCACCCUUGACAUGAAGGGUGGAAUACUCACCUGGCAGUAUACCUGGAGCCCAGAAAAGCACAAUGGAACGUAUGACAUCUUCUACCAGCUGGUAGCUCAUAAACUACAUGUCAACCAAGCACUCGUGCGCAUGGAAAUUACUCCAUCCAAAGACGGAAAUGUGAGUGUGGUGAACGUUAUCGAUGGAUACUCCGCAGUCCGAACCGAUUUUAAGGGCUCAGGCCAAGAUGGAGGUGCUAUCUAUACCUCUGUGAAUCCUGAGGGUAUCAGCAAUGUCACUGCAUUUAUCUAUGCUGAAAUGUCCGGUACCGAAGGCGUGAACUUGUCGUCAUCAUCGCUCGUUAACGAUAAGCCAUAUCUUCAUACGAACGGGUCUACCAUUGCCCAAAGUGUGAAUGUUAAGCUGCGUGCAGGUCAGACUACAAAGAUAGACAAGUUUGUUGGCGCUGCGACCACGGACCAGUUCAAAAACCCUAGACAGGCCGCGAAAGAUGCGUCGGCAAGGGCACUGCGGACAGGCUACGAAGAGAGCCUAAAGACCCAUAUUGCUGAAUGGACUACCGUAUUCCCCAGUGACUCUACAGAGGACUAUACAAUUCCCGGGAAGAAAUGGCUGCCACUAGACCACCAUAUUAUCGAGGCAUCAAUUGUAUCCGUGGUGAAUCCUUACUACCUGCUGCAAUCAACUGCCAGCCACAAUGCUCUGACCGCAGUGAAGAACGCGCCUCUUAACCGCGGCAGUAUCGCGGUUGGCGGACUGACUUCUGAUUCAUAUGGCGGAUUGAUAUUCUGGGAUGCGGAUAUAUGGAUGCAGCCGGGCCUUGUGGUAGCGUUCCCUGAAGCGUCGCAGAUAUUCUCCAAUUACCGAGUGGACAAGUACGGGCAGGCACUGAGAAAUGCUCAGACCCAAGACCUCUCCUCCAAAAAAAAAACUUAUUUCUCGCCGGACGCUGCUGUAUACCCCUGGACGAGUGGCAGAUUUGGCAAAUGCACAGCUACGGGUCCUUGCUUUGACUACCAGUAUCAUUUGAAUGGUGACAUCGGGAUGCAGAUUGUCAACAACUGGGUUACAACUGGCGAUACAGAAUACUUCAAGUCGAAACUCUUCCCAGUGUACAACUCUAUUGCUACUUUCUUUUCGCAGUUGGUAGAGAAGAACGGGACGCAAUGGACAGUAACCAACAUGACGGACCCGGAUGAAUUUGCCAAUUUGGUUGACGGUGGCGGCUACACAAUGCCUCUAAUUGCAACCACCUUGAAGUAUGCCAACCAGUUCCGGGAAAUGUUUGGUCUCGGGGCGAACCAGACCUGGAGUGAGAUAGCACAAAAUGUGCAAGUAUCUAGAGACCCAGCAUCUCAAAUAACGUUGGAGUAUACAACAAUGAACGGUAGCACGCAGGUGAAGCAGGCAGAUAUCGUUCUAAACACCUUCCCAUUGCGCUAUACCGAAGACUACACGCAUGAUAACGCUCUGCGUGACCUAGACUACUAUGCGGCGAAACAAUCGCCAAACGGCCCUGCAAUGACAUACGCUAUAUUCUCCAUUGUUGCCAACGAGGUAUCUCCAUCAGGGUGCUCUGCGUAUACCUAUGGUCAAUAUUCGUUCAGCCCGUACGUCCGGGCUCCAUUCUUCCAAUUCUCCGAGCAAGUGGUCGAUGACUGGUCUAUCAACGGAGGAACACAUCCAGCAUACCCAUUCCUUACGGGCAACGGCGGAGCCAACCAGGUUGCAGUGUUUGGUUACUUGGGUCUACGCCUGGUAUCCGAUGGCAUACUACAUUUGAAUCCGAACUUGCCCCCUCAAAUCCCUCACAUACGGUAUAGAACGUUUUACUGGCACGGCUGGCCGUUUGAAGCCAGCGCAAACUACACACAGACCACCAUCCAGCGAGCAACUAACCGACGACCCCUUGCAAGCGCUGAUCCGAAGUUCGCCAAUGCCCCUAUCACUGUCCAUGUAGGGCCGGAAAGCAAUAUUACAGUGUAUUCGCUACCUCCGAGCGGUCAGCUGGUUAUCCCUAACCGCCGGUCUGGCUCUAUAAACACCCUUGAAGGCAAUCUAGUCCAGUGCCAGCCAGUCUAUUCACCUAACGAGUUUGCUCCCGGCCAAUUCCCCAUCUCAGCUGUUGACGGAGCAGCGUCAACGAAGUGGCAACCUCGACGCGCGAGCUCAACCUCAUCGCUAACCGUCUCGCUGCCAGACGACGCUUCCUCUGCAUCUAUCUCUGGCUUCGCAUUCGACUGGGCCCAAGCACCUCCUAUCAGUGCAAAGGUUGUACUGCACGAUGAACCUCUGCCUCCAGUGAUGGAUGCUGAGGAUGAUGCGGGCAAUGGAUUUUCGCAUGCAACACCCCCCGGCUCAGUCACUGUGUGGGAAACGCCCGAGGUGCCGCAAUCUCAUCCUUACGACCCUAUCACGAUCGAUCUCAACAUGAUAAUGACCUACAAGGGGAACACGACCAACAUCACGCUGCCGUCGGCCGUGCCAGCUACCAAGUUUGCAACUCUCCUGAUCAGGGGCAACCAAGCUCUGGGCCCUGCGGAGGUCAAGGCCGGCAAUGGAACUGGCGCGACGGUCGCGGAGUGGUCAAUCCUGAGGUCAACCUAG